AUGGGGGAGGCUUCCCUCGGGGAGUCCGCGCCUGCGCAAAGCACUUCUUCCGCCGACCCCAGCGCGCCGUCCGACGGCGCUGCCCCCCCCGCGGUGAUGGCGGAAGCGGCGGAAGAUCUGGCGGACCUCCUCAUUCAGGGGGCGCGGUACGGGGACAUGGAGGACGUGGCAGCAGCGCUGGACGGGGGAGCGGAUGCUGGCGUGGCGGAUGAUGAGGGGCGCACAGCGCUGCACAUGGCAGCAGCCAAUGGCCACACAGAGAUCGCUCGCCUGCUCAUCCAACGAGGGGCUCCAGUGAAUGCAGUGAACCGGCAGGGCAACACACCGCUGCACUGGGCGGCUGUCAAUGGCAGGGACUCGAUGGUGCAUCUGCUCAUUGCUUCUGGAGCCAACCCUUCCGCCCUCAACAGCCACGAGCGCACGCCAGUGGAUGAGGCGAUUCACAGCAACAACCAGCUCACCUUAGACGCCAUCAACACUGCCGUUGCCACCCGCGAUGCUGCGAGCUUGACUGUCGGGGGCAGUCACGGCGACGACACAGGGGGCGAUGGCGAUGGGGGAGAUGAAGCCACGGAUAUCAUGGAGUGA